AUACACGUCGCCGGCGGGUGCGUCGAGCUCGCCGCGAACCCAAGAUGGCGGUGUGUGGACGUGUACGGGGGAUGUUCCGCUUGUCGGCGGCGUUGCAGCUGCUGCUGCUAGCGACAGCAGGGGCCCAGAAUAACCACGGUCAGGGCCAGGGUCCGGGGGGCAACUUUGGGUCCUUUCCAGGGCAAGCUAGAGACGGCAACCCGGCCGGGCAGCAGCCGCCUCAGCAGCCUCAGUUAUCGCAGCAGCAGCAGCAGCCGCCGCCUCAGCAGCAGCAGUCUCUUUUCCCGGCGGGCGGGCUCCCGGCCCGGCGGGGCGGAGCGGGGCCCGGUGGGACUGGCGGAGGCUGGAAGCUGGCGGAGGAAGAGUCUUGCAGGGAGGACGUGACCCGUGUGUGCCCCAAACACACCUGGAGCAACAACCUGGCGGUGCUCGAGUGCCUGCAGGACGUGAGGGAGCCCGAGAACGAGAUUUCUUCAGACUGCAAUCAUUUGUUGUGGAAUUACAAGCUGAACCUGACUACUGAUCCCAAAUUUGAAUCUGUCGCCAGGGAGGUUUGCAAGUCAACUAUUUCCGAGAUUAAAGAAUGUGCUGAAGAGCCAGUUGGAAAAGGUUACAUGGUUUCCUGCCUAGUGGAUCACCGAGGCAACAUCACUGAGUAUCAGUGUCAUCAAUACAUUACUAAAAUGACGGCCAUCAUUUUCAGUGAUUACCGCUUGAUCUGUGGCUUCAUGGAUGACUGCAAAAAUGACAUCAACCUCUUGAAAUGUGGCAGCAUUCGUCUUGGGGAAAAGGAUGCACAUUCACAAGGUGAGGUGGUAUCAUGUUUGGAAAAAGGCCUGGUAAAAGAAGCAGAAGAAAAAGAGCCCAAGAUUCAAGUCUCAGAACUUUGCAAGAAAGCCAUUCUUAGGGUGGCUGAGCUGUCCUCGGAUGACUUUCAUUUAGACCGGCAUUUGUAUUUUGCUUGCCGAGAUGACCGGGAGCGCUUUUGUGAGAACACACAAGCUGGUGAAGGAAGAGUGUAUAAAUGCCUUUUUAACCAUAAAUUUGAAGAAUCCAUGAGUGAAAAGUGUAGAGAAGCACUAACUACACGCCAAAAGCUCAUUGCCCAGGAUUAUAAAGUCAGUUAUUCAUUGGCCAAAUCCUGUAAGAGUGACUUGAAAAAAUACCGGUGCAAUGUGGAAAACCUUCCUCGGUCCCGGGAAGCCAGGCUCUCCUACCUUCUGAUGUGCCUGGAGUCAGCAGUGCACAGAGGGCGACAAGUGAGCAGUGAGUGCCAAGGUGAGAUGCUGGAUUACCGACGGAUGCUGAUGGAAGACUUCUCUCUGAGCCCCGAGAUCAUCCUGAGCUGUCGGGGGGAGAUUGAGCACCACUGUUCUGGAUUACAUCGGAAAGGGCGGACCCUCCACUGUCUGAUGAAAGUAGUUCGAGGUGAAAAGGGGAACCUUGGAAUGAACUGCCAGCAGGCGCUUCAGACACUGAUUCAGGAGACCGACCCUGGUGCCGACUACCGCAUUGAUCGGGCUUUGAAUGAAGCUUGUGAGUCUGUAAUACAGACAGCCUGCAGACACAUACGAUCUGGAGACCCGAUGAUUCUCUCAUGUCUGAUGGAACAUUUAUACACAGAGAAAAUGGUGGAAGACUGUGAACACCGUCUCUUAGAGCUACAGUAUUUCAUCUCUCGGGAUUGGAAGUUGGACCCUGUUUUAUACCGAAAAUGCCAGGGAGAUGCUUCCCGCCUUUGCCAUACCCAUGGUUGGAAUGAGACCAGUGAACUUAUGCCUCCUGGAGCUGUAUUUUCUUGCCUGUACAGACAUGCCUACCGCACAGAAGAGCAAGGAAGGAGGCUCUCACGAGAAUGCCGAGCUGAAGUCCAGAGGAUCCUGCACCAGCGUGCCAUGGAUGUUAAGCUGGACCCUUCCCUCCAGGACAAGUGCCUGAUAGACCUCGGGAAGUGGUGCAGUGAGAAGACAGAGACUGGCCAGGAGCUUGAGUGCCUUCAGGACCAUCUGGAUGACUUAGCUGUGGAAUGCAGAGACAUCGUGGGCAACCUCACCGAGUUAGAGUCUGAGGAUAUACAAAUAGAAGCUUUGCUGAUGAGAGCCUGUGAGCCUAUAAUUCAGAACUUUUGCCAUGAUGUGGCAGACAACCAGAUCGACUCUGGGGACCUGAUGGAGUGUCUGAUCCAGAACAAGCACCAGAAGGACAUGAAUGAGAAGUGUGCUAUUGGCGUCACUCACUUCCAGCUGGUACAGAUGAAGGAUUUUCGAUUCUCUUACAAGUUCAAAAUGGCCUGCAAGGAGGAUGUGUUAAAACUUUGCCCCAACAUAAAAAAGAAGGUGGAUGUAGUGAUCUGUCUGAGCACCACUGUGCGCAACGACACUCUGCAGGAAGCCAAGGAGCACCGGGUGUCGCUCAAAUGCCGCAAGCAGCUUCGUGUGGAGGAGCUGGAGAUGACAGAGGACAUCCGUUUGGAACCGGAUCUGUACGAAGCCUGCAAGAGUGACAUCAAGAACUACUGUUCUACAGUGCAGUAUGGAAAUGCUCAGAUUAUUGAAUGUCUAAAAGAAAACAAGAAGCAGCUGAGUACCCGUUGCCACCAGAAAGUAUUUAAGCUGCAGGAGACAGAGAUGAUGGAUCCAGAACUAGACUAUACACUCAUGCGAGUCUGCAAGCAGAUGAUUAAGCGGUUCUGUCCAGAAGCAGAUUCUAAAACUAUGUUGCAGUGUUUAAAACAAAACAAGAACAGUGAAUUGAUGGAUCCCAAAUGCAAACAGAUGAUAACCAAGCGUCAGAUCACCCAGAACACAGAUUACCGCUUAAAUCCCGUGCUAAGGAAGGCCUGUAAAGCUGACAUCCCUAAAUUCUGUCAUGGCAUCCUGACCAAGGCCAAGGAUGACUCGGAACUAGAAGGCCAAGUCAUCUCAUGCCUCAAGCUGAGAUACGCUGACCAGCGCCUCUCUUCAGACUGUGAGGACCAGAUCCGCAUCAUCAUCCAGGAGUCUGCUCUAGACUACCGCCUGGACCCUCAGCUCCAGCUGCACUGCUCAGAUGAGAUUGCCAAUCUAUGUGCUGAAGAAGCAGCAGCCCAGGAGCAAACAGGCCAAGUGGAGGAGUGUCUGAAGGUCAACCUGCUCAAGAUCAAGACAGAGCUGUGUAAGAAGGAAGUGUUAAACAUGUUGAAGGAAAGCAAAGCAGACAUCUUUGUGGACCCAGUUCUUCACACAGCAUGUGCCUUGGACAUUAAACACCACUGUGCAGCCAUCACCCCUGGCCGUGGGCGUCAGAUGUCCUGCCUGAUGGAGGCCUUGGAAGAUAAGCGAGUGAGGUUGCAGCCAGAGUGCAAAAAGCGCCUGAAUGACCGAAUUGAAAUGUGGAGUUACGCAGCCAAGGUGGCCCCAGCAGACGGGUUCUCUGAUCUUGCCAUGCAAGUGAUGACAUCCCCCUCAAAGAACUACAUCCUGUCUGUGAUCAGCGGGAGCAUCUGCAUAUUGUUCCUGAUCGGCCUGAUGUGUGGACGGAUCACUAAGAGAGUGACACGAGAGCUGAAGGACAGGUAGAGCCGCCUGACCACCAAAGGAGCCGCCUGCCCAGGCCCGCCCGCGUGUACAGCCGUCCUGUAUAGUGUACCCUCUCACCUCGCCCUUCUAACAGUGGCACCAACAUCCACAGUAGAGCAGCACCGGGUGCCCACUGCAUCUUCCCAUCCAGACCUGGCCAUGUCCUCGUUGUCCUUCUCCUCCUCCCAGCUGCCCUUGCAGCAUCGGCAGCUGGCUGCUUUGGUGGUAGCUUUUGUUGGUGAAGGUUUACCUGCCUGUAGACAAUUCUGUUAUACCAACAGAACUGCUGGUACUUCCAGAACCGACUCACCUGACCUGCAACUCAAAUUUUUUUUAAAAACAAAAAAAACAAAAGACAAAAAUAUUUAAAAAGGAAAAAAUGUAUAUAGUAGACCAUCUCCUUCAGUCUUGACUCAGCAGUAAGAUUACUUCUUUCAUGUAAAUGCAGCAGGUGUCAGCAGGACGUGGAGGAGAACAUGCACAUCCGGUGCCUGAUCAUUGAAAUGUCGGUUUCCUCUCCUAGAAGCAACUAUGGGCCACAUCAAGGCAGGAACUUCAGCAAGUAGUGGGGACACUCAGCAGCCUGCUCUAGGCUUGUUUGCUUCUACUGCAGUGUGAUGCCUUCUACCCUCUACCCUAGACAAGCUACUGCUCCCAUAGCAACAAGCAUUUCUGUGAUCUCCCCACUUCAGUGCAGACACGAGCCUCCCCGGGUCAUUGGCAGACUAGGAAGCAAGUCUGAAGCAGGCCUGAGGGCACAGCCAGCAGGGGCCCAGCCAUCAUCUUCCUCCAGGAUGGGAUGGAGCUGCCUCAUCUUGAUGAACCCUGCUAAGUGUGGGGUUCCCUGGAAGUUCUCUACCUCAACAGGAAGUAGUUACUAAGUUGGGGUAUGGGGCUUCUAAGAUGAGGGUGGGGGUGGCAGGGCAGGAAGGAACAGGUGUAGGACUCACUUCACUUAGUUUUUUGAGCAACAGUACAGGCCAGAAAUGAUGGCUUCUGCAGAUGUAGCGUGGUCUCGGGUGUGUGACUGGCAUUGAAGGCUAGCUCUCUGUACAUGCCAGGCAGACUUCUCUGACAAGCUCCGUGGUGCCUCUAAAUGAAGGGAUGUGGGAAGUGAUUGCAUUAAAAGAUGGAGGAUUUUCUUCAUUCUUUUCCCCUUUCUGUUCAUUUGCUGUGUGUACCCACUCUAGUAGGCACUGGCUAAAUGUUAUAUUUUGGUGAUUUGACAACCUUCCAUAAUCUGAGCUUUACAGGAGCAGGGUUCCCAGCUGUCUUCCCUUAUGCCUCCAGUGAGAAGAUGACAGGGCUGGUGCAUAGGAGGGAGGAGCCAAGGCACUGCAGUUCCCCUUCGGCGAGUUUGGGCCAUGGUGUCCCAGUGACUGUACAGAGGGUGGCAUGUACAGUAGGAGAUAUAUUUAUAUAAUAUAUAUUUUAUUAACCUGUUAGAUGUCCACAGAGUAUUAUAAAUCAUGUGCCUAAACCUGUCCAAACAGACCCAGGCCCUCUGCGGUGCCUCCCUGCUCCUGCCUCCCAUGUGCACCUACAGAUGCUGCUGCACCUGAGCAGUGUGUCUUCCUGAGAUGUGUUCAGUGCAGGCUGUGUCAGUUGCUCCAAAUUACUCCGUGUCUGACCUGACUGACAUUCAUUUGAAUACUGUGGUUUUCUUUUCUGCUGCCUUUUCUGUUGGCAGUGAGUUCCAGGGCUAGCUGUAUAUCCCCUGCAUAGGGCAAUAGAAGUCACCAGGGGAACUGCUUGCUAAGCUGCCUGGGCCUAUGUACUGCUUUUAGAGUCUUCCUGAUUCUCAGCAGCUGUCCUGGGAUUCUUGAGUUUAAUGAGACUUAAAACCCUUGCUCUGUAAGCAUCCUCCUCCACUUCUAACUGGCUGAGCCAAUAUAAAGGCCCCUCUCUCCCCAAGACUCUCUGUGUCAGACUGAUGUUCACCAUUAGACAGAGGGUAGAAUCAUAGCUCUGAUCCCUGUACCCUCCCUUCUGAUAUGUGCUUCUGACAUGUCUUAGCUCUUCUGUUUCUGCACUGACAGGAAUCCAUACUGCAUGCAGCAGAUUUCGAGGUUUCGUAGGUUUCGUGAGUUUGGUCCUUUGCCAUUAGAAAUGGUCCGAAUAGAAAAGAUAGCUACUAGUGUCUUGAAUUGCUUAGUACAAGGAAGUGAUCGUGUUCCUUGGAGUAGUUCUUAUGACUUGAUGGUCCUGGUCUUAAACAGAUUUUUCUAGUCUAUGUCUAUGGGGCUCAGUGCUAUCUAUUCUAUAGCUCAUUGGGCUUAGUGGAGUGGGCUUUGUGCCUCACAAGUCAGUCAUGGGUAUAAAUUAGAUAGACAUGAACUCAUCAAGAACCCUGACCUACUACAGUGGAAGCCAAAGUCUGAGCCUUGCCCUUCACUGUUCUGCCUUCAUUGCCUAAGAAUAGAAGUAGUCAGGAGGUUUAGGCCAAGGCCUCAGGCACUACUAAGUCUCUGUGGUCUAGCUUUGCCAGCUCUUGCCAGUGUCUUGGGGACUGUUGGUGGUACACUUCCCUUUGCUAUUUCAAAAAUCUGGGGCCCGUGCCUGGGCCAAGGCCUCUGUGUACCAGGAGGUCAGAAAUCUGAUAGUGAGCCAAGAACAAGACAAACUAAAUUUCUUUUCUGACAGGGCUUCUCCCAGUAAAGGAGCAAGAUGUUUCUUUUACUCAGUCCCUGGACUUGACUGUUGCUGCUGCUGUCGGAGAUAUGUUAGCAGUCUGACCCUGGGAAAGCCUUAACCCCUGCAUUGCCACAGAACUUCUGGCCACCAUUUCCAGCCCCGGUUCUGUGGAUCAAGCCAGAUUGCUGAGGCAUGCAUCCUUACUUAGUAGGUCAGGGCACUGCAGAGCCACUGAUGAAGUAGCAUUUAGUUAUCAGGUGAUAACAGAGUUCAGGACAGGCACCAUGGCUGCCACCUCCUGUUCUUAGCUAGGAGCACACAGUCCACUGUCCCAGAUGAGUUGGCAGAAAAUUAUUAUCCAACCUUUUAUGUCUUCCUGUUUCCUGAAAUCAACUGAUGGAAGAUGCCCUGAUUUUCAGACACUAGGACUAGGAUGGAGUUAUGUGGUCCGUGUCCUCAGCCUUCCUGAGAGAGCGCUCACUCUUGCGUACCAGUGUGACUUCCAGAACCCCUAGCCUACCUUAGAGGCUAUGGUACCAUUUCUGGACUUUCUGGAAAGAAACCUCCCUUCGACUCUUUUUUCCCUGCCCCAAAACAAGCUUUUUCUACUUGCCCCUGAUUCAGUAUUUCAGAAGUCAGCCAGCCCGGUCUGGCAACUUGCAGCCUAAGACAGGGCCAGAGAACCAAAAGAAGGUGGUGGCUUUUUGAGUCACAUGCUUCUUGGAAGUUUGUUUUUUCCUCUUGUGAGUUUGAAAACUCACACAGCUCAGAACUUCCUCUUGAGUUUUUUACCCUUUAGGCACACUAAGUAGUUCUGAAGAGUAUGGCCUUCAGGGCCCAGGUCUGACCCAUCUCUGCCCCACUUGGCUUCAGUUCCCAAGGGGCUGUACCUUACUCUGGCCUCCCCUUCCAUCCAUGUAGCUUUGUUUUGCCAUCUGUCCAGCCACACUUUUCCUUGGUCUCUCCACUAGGCCAAAUUUCCCUUUCUUCUACCCAGACCUCAGACAACAGUAAGUUGUAAGCAACCAAGAUUAAACCUCAGGGUGACACACUCCCCUAAGCAGACAGUGAGGCUGCUGUGGAGGCCAGGGGCUGCUUGUCACCCAGAACAUGAAGAUACAGUUGUCUGUGCAGGUAGGUGGUGGCAGGAUCCUGUCAGGGAUCUUCUGUGACAUCUUUAUCCUCUACCUGGGCACUGAGCACCAGGCAGUGGAGAGCUUCCGGGGUGAGGAGGCUUGCAGACAGGCCGGGUCUCUAUGUCAUGUCUCACUUUUUCCCAGCCCACACUGACAUGAGAAGCUCAGAGCAUGUGGUCCUUUGCUGGAACAGGUCUCAGCUCACUUGGCAGCACAGUGGUGACAGAGGGCUUCCUGAUAGCAAGCAGGUCAGUCACAGAAAAGUUGCAGAGUGUGUGGCAUGCUGUGCAGGGUCUUGGGCCUCUAACCUGGUUUUGCUUUUUGUUUUUGUUUUUUGAAAGAAAAGUACAAUUAACAAACCUUUUGUAAAUGGAUUUCCUUUCUAUGUAUAAAUUCCCUGCAGUUUCUUGUUUUUACAUGUUCAUGCUGUGUAAUUUUGAGAUGUUACUGAGAUUCUGAACAUAAUGUGCAUUUUUUUCUGUACAGAUGAAAUGGGAGAAUUUAAUAAAGAGUUUGCAGGUUUGUA